AUGGGCGAAAAAUUAGGCAACUACCUUGGAUCUUUCGUCAUGGUGGAUCACGGAUUGAAUAGGGAUUGUUUGGGCAGUUUCUUGUGCAUCAGGGUAGGGUUGAAGAUAUCAGAGCCCCAAAAGCGUUGUGUUACACUUCGUUUAGCACUUGAUGAACUUGCAAAGCUGUACGAGAUCGAGUAUGAAUGGCUACCUUAUUUUUGUCUGUAUUGUGGUAGAUUGGACCAUGUAGGUUCAAACUGUGAGUUGAAACAGACAAGGGAUAUUACUAUGGAACGAUAUGGGUCGUGGAAGACUAUGCUCAAAGAUGUUUUUUGUAUUAGGAUGGUCAAUGAUUUGACUAGGAACCGGGUUGGAUUAGGGGGGGACGAGACACAGUUGGACAAUUAUGCUUCACCUCUGAAGGUGGUGGGCAUUGUUCGCCCACGCUAA